AUGAAAAAUCAUUUUACUUCAAUUGACCAGGUAAAUAAUUUAAGGGAAAUUCAAGCAUUGAGAAGGCUUUCCCCACAUCCUCACAUAGUAAAACUUAUUGAAGUUAUUUAGUAAUUUUUAUACAGUGAUGAGCCUACUGGAAGACUUGCCCUUGUAUUUGAAUUGAUGGAUUUAAAUUUAUAUGAGUGGUACAGAAGUCGGAAAAAUCGAAUUCCUGAAAGCAAAAUCAAGCUUUUCAUGUAUCAGAUGAUGGUCGGCCUAGAACAUAUGCAUAAAGCUGGAAUAUUUCAUCGAGAUAUUAAGCCAGAAAAUGUGCUAUUAUUUGAAGAAGCAUUAAAAUUAGCUGAUUUUGGGUCGUGCAGAGGGAUAAAUACUAAACAGCCGUAUACCGAGUAUAUUUCAACAAGAUGAUAUAGACCUCCUGAAUGCUUAAUGACUGAUGGGUACUAUAACUUCGCCAUGGAUAACUGAGGAGCAGGCUGCAUUUUUUUUGAAAUUAUAGCAUUAUCUCCUCUUUUUCCUGGGAAAAAUGAAUUGGACCAAGUUCAUAAAAUUCAUAAAAUUUUAGGAACUCCCCCGAAAGAAAUUUUAGACGAAUUCAAGACUAAAGCAUCCCAUAUGGAAUUUAAUUUCGAAACUUGCACAGGUUCAGGUAUAGAAAAUUUAAUCCCUUCUGCUGAUCCUCAAGCUAUUGAUUUGAUUCAAAAACUGCUGUCUUAUGACUGGGAGAAAAGAAUUUCUGCUCAUGAUGCUUUAAAACAUCCUUAUUUUCACGAUGUUAAAUAUGAGAGCCAUGUAAAGCUCUUCCAAAUGCCACUAAAAACUAAGUCGCCUGAAGGAGAUAAUGCUGCAGGAGAAAGAUCUAAAGAAAGUAAUAUUUAUUUACCGCCUAUUGAAAGUAAAAAACAACAAACACUCCCGAAAUUUGGGCAAGGAUUUACACUUUCGAAAAAGAAUAUCACUUUGGACCAUAAACCUCAAAAUGUAGGGAAACCUUAUUUCUCUCAAUGGAAAUCUCCAUAUGCUGCUAAGCAUUUUUAUAAGUCUCAUUUUUAA